AACCUCGAAUACCAUUUUUUGGUUUCUCUUUUGCCCCCCCCCCCCCAGGCUUUUCCGGAUAACGCCGCCCGAAGGGAGGUAGAAAGCCUGCCGGCCUUCUGUGUCAACGAUGGGUGUUCAUGGAAGGGGACCAUCAAGGAAUACGAGGCCCCGCUCCCGACGACGAGUUGGUACGGACGCGGACCCCCGGCUCCGUGGGAGCUUUCCGGCUCGGAGGCCCACGAUGAGAUCUGCCCCAAGUUCCCCCUGACGUGCGAAGGCUGCGGCAAAAAGAAAAUUCCGCGAGAGAAGUUUCAGGACCACGUCAAGACCUGUGGCAAGUGCCGAACGCCUUGCAGGUUUCAGGUGGUCGGCUGCCCCGAGAUGGUGGAGAACGAGAAGCUGCAGGAGCACGAGAGUCAGCGGGUGACCCAGCACCUCUGCAUGUUGCUGAGCUUCGUUCUGGAGACCAAGACCCAGCACGGGGCCAUCGAGAACAUCCUCGGCCUGGGGCCGGGCGACGGGGCCGGCCCGUUGACCAACUCCUUCGCCGGCGGGCCCGAGCCGGCCCCCUCUGCGGACCUGCUGCGGAGGUGCGAAGCCCUGCAGAGGAAGACGGUCACCUUUGAAAACAUCGUCUGCGUAUUGAACCGCGAGGUAGAGAGGGUCUCCGUGACGGCCGAGGCCUGCAGCCGGCAGCACCGGCUGGACCAGGAGAAGAUCGAAGCGCUCAGUAGCAAGGUCCAGCAGCUGGAGAGGAGCAUUGGCUUGAAAGACCUGGCCAUGGCGGACAUGCAGCAGCAGAUCCACGACAUGGAGGCCUCCACGUACGACGGGAUCUUCAUCUGGAAGAUUACGGAUUUUGCCAGGAAACGCCAGGAAGCUCUAGCCGGCCGGUCUCCCGCCAUCUUCUCCCCAGCCUUCUACACGAGCAAGUACGGCUAUAAGAUGUGUCUGCGAAUCUACCUGAAUGGGGACGGCACCGGUCGGGGGACUCACCUCUCCCUCUUCUUCGUGGUGAUGAAGGGACCCAACGACGCGCUCCUCCGCUGGCCCUUCAACCAGAAGGUGACGCUGAUGCUGCUGGAUCAGAACAACAGAGAGCACGUCAUCGACGCGUUCAGGCCGGACGUGAGCUCGUCGUCCUUCCAGAGGCCCGUCGGCGACAUGAACAUCGCCAGCGGCUGUCCCCUCUUCUGUCCGGUUUCCAAAAUGGAGUCGAAGAAUUCGUACGUACGCGACGACGCCAUCUUCAUCAAGGCCAUCGUCGACCUGACGGGCCUCUGACGGAGCCCGGGGCCGGUCCGCUUCAGGACGGCUCAGACGGGGCCCUAGGCCGGGGGGCCCGGGGGGCCGGGAGGGGAAAGGGCCCUCGCCCGCCCCCCUCGC